AUGGAAGAAAAUGAUCAUAGCAACAGAGAUGCGGUGCGCCAAGGGUCGGCGGAUGAGUCAAACAGAGUGAUACUCCCUCUAUUACAAGCGCCGGGCAACCUGCAGCAGAUCCCGCAUCGAGUCACCAAUUUCUUCAUCGAUAAUAUCUUACGGCCGGACUUUGGGCGGAAAAAAGAAGAUAACAUAAAUCAUGAAGAAAGUAGUCACGCUACCAGAGAGAACCAUAGCCCGGCUGUUCCAAGAGCGGAGCAAGUGGGGAGUACUGUGCCAACGGAGGGAACAUCCACUCCUCAUCCAGGCGGCGUGGCCAAGAAGGCUGAAAUAGCCACAGAAGAGCCCCUGAAACCCCGCGGGGAGAAUGGAGAUCAGUGCCUAAGCUCGGACUCGGAUAGUUCUCAAACCAGCUCAAUUACACCAUCCAAACCGCCUAUGCUCUGGCCAGCUUGGGUGUACUGCACCAGAUACUCGGACAGGCCCUCAUCAGGACCGAGAUCUCGAAAACCAAAGAAGAAAACCACCGCCAGCAAAGAGGACAAGCGACCAAGGACGGCCUUUACAGCUGAACAGCUACAAAGACUAAAAACCGAGUUUCAAACGAACCGGUAUCUGACCGAACAAAGGCGACAGUCCCUGGCGCAAGAACUCGGCCUUAACGAAUCUCAAAUCAAAAUCUGGUUCCAGAACAAAAGGGCAAAAAUCAAGAAGGCCACCGGCGCAAAAAACACCCUAGCCUUGCACCUGAUGGCACAGGGACUGUACAAUCAUGCUACGACGUCAAAAGAUGACAAAUCAGACAGCGAUUGA